AUAUAACGGAAAAUAUCAAAGCACAAAGAUCACUGCAAAAACAAAAUCAUUAAAAGCUGAUCAUUUCAACCCCUUUUUGAUAGAUGGUGGGAAAAGCAUUGGUUACCAUCGUUGCAGGAGCGACAAACUCACGGUCUGUUAAGAGUGUCAGGAGUGUUUCCAACAAUUUCGAAUAUGUUGACAAUCAGUUCAAGGCUGUAUGGAUCGCUAACAAGGAUGGAUUACAUAAUGCUUACGAGUUGUCCGAAGACAAAGUUUUCUCUCCCGUAUGGAACCAAAAACUGGACAUAUUGUAUGUAUGUGUCGGACCUUCUUCUCACGCGAAGGAGCGUGUGGAUAUUGUAGCUAUCAUGGGAGCAUCAAGGGUCAACCAUACCCGCAGCAUAAAGAGCCUCACAGAUAGGCACAACAAUGCCUUCCCAUCCAGCAAUCCAGAUGGGGACAAAUUAGUUUACCGAUCAACAGGGAAAGACGGAUAUAAGAAUUUAUAUAUAAUGGACAAUGCCAAAGAAGGGUCGCUCGGGGCCGAGGGAGUGGAACCAAGAAGCCUAACAGAAGGGAAAUGGACUGAUACACAUUGCCAGUGGUCGCCCAAUGGAGAGUGGAUUGUAUUUUCGUCAACCCGUGACAAGCCUGACUCCGGUGCACCAGAAUCAGACCAGGGUCUUGACCCGGGAUACUUUGCGGUGUAUCUAGUGAAGAUGUUUUGGUAA